UGCGUACCGCAUUCGAUGGCGUUAACUAGUCUGGGGUAAUCGUGUCGUUGGUUAAUUUUCAGCUGAAAAAACAAAAUUGUUACAAUGGAAGACGAAUAUGCGACUAUUGUGUACGCAGAGCUGGCCCCGAAUAUUUUUGUGCCCACUGAAUGGCCUAUUCAAGGCUUAGAGGAUCUAAUUGUGACUUUGGCGAAAAGAAUAAUUGCACGGUUUAAUGUUCUGAGCCCCAUUGUACAGGUAAAAAAUAUACCAACAAGGUUAAUCCGACGGGUCUAUGUAAAUAAUUCUGGUUAUUUUUUUCAAAAAGUGUCUAAAAAAGAGAUGAUCGGUGCUUAUGUUUAUAAUAUCGUCCCGCCCAAGAAAGGUGAUGAAAUUUUGAUAGAAAUUAACAGCGGAAGUAACAUCGACCACGAAUCAUGUCAGAAUAACCCAGUGGAAGUCCCUUCAGAAGUCAAUAUGACGUCAAGUAGCCUAGUACCUUCGCGAUUUAGUGAGGAGACAUCGCGCAACAUUGACGAUAACGAGCAUACCUCGCGACGAUGUUUGUCACGGAAGAUUAAGCGGUUAGUAUUUUGGAUGCGGCAAAUGCUUAGGUAUCAAAUAGAGUGCGCAAGUGCCAUCCCUACACUAGAAAGUCAGUGUUUUAGCGGCAACAAGAAACAUGCUAGGUAUAUCUAAAGCUUCGUUACCGCAUCCACACUCAUCAUAAUGCCUAUUUUAACGUAUGUUUCUUUUCUUAAUCAUGAUCGAUUGUUGUUAUUGUAAAAGAAAGCAUCUCUGUUUCUUUGAUAUUAUUGCCAUCGAUACUCAUGUAUUUUAGGUAUAAG